UAUGUUUUUACUUUUUAAGAGUGCUCCUGCACAUGAACAAUCGUUGUAGAAAUGUUUUAAAGACUUUAAUGAAACCCUCAGAUUCUUCAGGGUUCGGGAAAGGAGGAUGGACGGAUGCGAAACACAAUUUGCACAAAGCCUCAAAGAUGCUUCGACGCCGUAUCCCACAGUCCGGUCAUCUGAUGACCGCAAAGCGAUUCUGGCUUCAAACUCUACCAUCCCAGGAUUGUGACAUCGUGCUGAUUUUUCCACCGGAAACUUCAGAGCUGACUAUCACGUGGAUACGUGCGCAGAUGCAGCGUAUUCGUGAACUUACGAUUAUGACUAGAGAAGUUUCAAUUUCGAGAAGAACGCGCGGCAAACUAGCAGCAUGCUACGCAUUCCAGAUCACAGCAAGCUAUCAUGCGUUACUACAAGGGUUGGAUGAGUUGAAUAUUCCUAAACCUCUCCGUGAGGAUCAUGGGGGUGGAUUUAAAGAGUUUUCUAUUCAUGAGAUGUCAAGCUUUAAUCAGGUUGAGACUCCGGAGUUAUUCCUGAGCAGUGCGGAGAGACAAUCCAUCCUAUUCCAUUUAAUCAACAGUAUCAGAGCUAGACCUGGAGAUAUCUUAGAGAAUAUUAAAUUCAGAGACGGAGAGGCCAUUAUUCCUAAGUGCCUGAGUAAAGGUUUAAUAUCGGAGAUCUAUCCCCUCCAUGAGCUACCUGUUCUACAGAACCUACAGAGAACCUGGGUUCAGAGAAUAUUUGGACUCCAACCACUGGAUGAUAUUAGUGAAUAUUUCGGAAUAAAGAUUUCGUUUUAUUUUGCUUGGUUGGGACACUACACUGCAGCUCUAACUGCUCCUGCUGUUGUAGGAACAUUAUUCUGGAUUUUUUUCCGAGGCCGAGCCGAACUUAUAGAGGAUUUAGGUUUCGUUCUUUUCUCCUUCUUCAACGUGAUAUGGGCAACCAUCUACCUGGCUACCUGGAAACGAAGGUCUGCAGAGCUGGCAUACAAGUGGGGUACGAUUGAUAAUAGAGACGAACUUUUAACUGAACCUAGACCACUUUAUAAGGGUGAGGAAAGAAUAAGUGAGAUAACUGGUAAACCUGAACCCUAUCACCCUGCAUGGAAGAGAAACUGCUUCAGAUAUUUUGUGACAGUUCCCGUGAUAUCCUUCUCUCUUCUUCUUGUAUUCUUCUCAGUCUUUCUAAUGCUAGAAUUCCAGGAAUGGAUGGAUAGAUUGAUAGACGAACAUGAACUAAUAUCAGUACUCAGAUAUCUACCUAAGAUAUUGUUGGCUAUUGUAAUACCACUUCUGGACAGUAUUUACAACUCUGUAGCAAUAUGGUUAAACGAGCAAGAAAACUAUCGAACCUCUAAUCAAUACGAUGAUCAUUUAGUUUUCAAACUUAUUCUGUUCCAAUUCGUGAACUCCUUCCUGGCUUUGUUCUACACCGCCUUCUAUCUACAGGACAUGGAUAAGUUGAAAGAGUUGUUGGCUGCGCUGUUGAUCACAAGGCAGGUUGUUGGAAACCUGAAGGAGUCCAUCCUCCCCUACGCAACCAAACAGAUAAAGCUCGCCAAGAUGAGUUUUGAUCUGUUCGGAGCUCUUAGUCCAACUUCUCCGGAGGAGAAACCGUUUCCAUGGGAUUAUAAGAAGACGGACGGAGAUAAUAAUACAAGCAAGGAGAUACCCAAGGACGAAGAAACAGAGCUACCCGGAUCAGAGCGAACGAAGUUACCUGGAGCAAGACGAUCAGAGCUUCCCGGAGGCACAGAAACUGAUUUACCAGGAGACAAAGGAACGGAACUACCCAUAGACAGAGGAGCAGAGCAACCUGAAGCAGGGAUGGAACAACUUAGAAGAGGAACAGAACCAACUGGAGGUGAUACUGAUGCGAAUGGAAAAGAAGGAAGGAAGGGAUCUAGAGCUGUGAGCCAGGUUGAGAUAGAGGGGUCAACUCCACAGUAUGAAGGAACAUUUGAUGAUUAUCUAGAGAUGUUUAUUCAGUUUGGAUACGUCACCUUGUUUAGCUCUGCGUAUCCUCUGGCAGGGCUUUGCGCUCUUUUAAACAACAUUAUAGAAAUCAGAAGUGACGCCUUUAAGCUCUGUUUCAUCUAUCAGAGACCAUUCUCCCAGCGAGUUAAAAAUAUUGGUUCCUGGCAAACAGCAAUGGAAGUCAUGGGAAUAAUUGGUGUAGUUGUUAACUGUGGAUUGAUCGGGCUACUAGGACCUGUACAUAGAAUAUUCCCAAACAUAACUCCAGUACAACAAGUUAUUCUUAUCAUUGUACUCGAGCACUUGAUGAUACUGCUGCUACUGCUGCUGACAGCUGCUAUACCGUCUACGCCAUGCUGGGUUGCUAAGGAGAUGGCGAAGGUUGAACACAAGAGGAGAGAAGUAGUCAAGAAUAUGGAUUCUUUUAACAGAUCCCUUCCUGGGUCCGUAGAUAUGGACGAGAAGGGUGUACAGGCUGAACCAAAUCAGGAACUAAUCCAGGAUUCUGAUUCUGAGAGAGAUUUGUCGAGAGAGGAGCUGAUUAAAGAACCUGUCAAUACUAAUCCUUCUGUUAUGUCGGUGUCUGAUUCUAGCUUGAUGGAGCAGCAGCGGUUCCUGGAAACAGUCUCAAACAUGAAACCAGAAGAAGUUUUUACCAGGCCACCAAAUAGAUCAUCGUUUACUGCUGGAACCUUCUCCCCUGUCAGCGAGGUUCCUGGUUUCAGACAAAACAAAUCUUUAGAAGACACGAAUUCUUUCCUGUCGCGAGCCAUGUCUUUCAAAGGGUUAACUACAGAUUUCAAGGAGUUUAGAGGAACAAGAUUACAAGGAGCUUUUCAGAGUCAAGGAGACGUUUUCAGACGAUCUGGCAGUCGGCAAGUUUCUGAAUCUGAUGCGUAUUCGUAUCCGAACAGAUCUAUUUCGGGUGGAAGUUCAGAGAGAGACAGUCCUUUACUCCAAGAUAUAAUCGUCAACGACGUCCCUACACCACCUUUCGUUACUUCAAAUACAUCCAAGUCCACCCCGACGCCCCCACACAAACGAGUUCUGGACCAGAAAGAGUUCGAUAAAAAGCUGAAAGCAAAACGAGUAAUAUUCUCUAAAGGUCGAAGUUUAUCGUUAGCCUCGUUUCGUUUACCGAGGAGCCUAAAGAUGGAGAAGGCAGAGAAAGUACCUAAACCCCCGAAAACUCGAUUUUUCGAAGAGAAACAUGAGCCUCGGGGGGAGCUCGAACUUCUUGGUAUCGAACAGUUGAUAAACAUUCACGAUCUCCAGGAUAAUUUUAGAUCAUGAACCCUGGAGUUCUUAAUCUAAUACCAGAACUAUAGAUGGGAAUUGAAGUUCUUAAUCUAAUACCAGAACUAUAGAUGGGAAUUGGAGUUCUUAAUCUAAUACCAGAACUAUAGAUGGGAAUUGGAGUUCUUAAUCUAAUACUAGAACUAUAGAUGGGAAUCGGAGUUCUUAAUUUAAUACCAGAGCUAAAGAUGGGAAUUGGAGUUCUUAAUCUAAUACUAGAGCUAAAGAUGGGAAUUGGAGUUCUUAAUCUAAUACCAGAACUAUAGAUGGGAAUUGGAGUUCUUAAUCUAAUACCAGAACUAUAGAUGGGAAUCUGAGUUAUUAAUCUAAUACUAGAACUAUAGAUGGGAAUUGGAGUUCUUAAUCUAAUACCAGAACUAUGGAUGGGAAUUGGAGUUCUUAAUCUAAUACUAGAACUAUGGAUGGGAAUUGGAGUUAUUAAUCUAAUACUAGAACUAUGGAUGGGAAUUGGAGUUCUUAAUCUAAUACCAGAACUAUAGAUGGGCAUUGGAGUUCUUAAUCUAAUACUAGAACUAUGGAUGGGAAUUGGAGUUAUUAAUCUAAUACUAGAACUAUGGAUGGGAAUUGGAGUUCUUAAUCUAAUACCAGAACUAUAGAUGGGCAUUGGAGUUCUUAAUCUAAUACCAGGACCAUAGAUGGGCAUUGGAGUUCUUAAUCUAAUAC